CAGUAUCGAUCGAUCCGAGUGGAGUUGGAAACUCGACAGGUCUCAUAUCUGGGCACGCAAGAGGUGUAGGAAAGCAGAAGAGCGAGAACGGGAGCGAGCGAAGGAAAGCCGAUCUCCGCGGAGAGGCAGAGACAGAGAGAGAGAGAGAGAGAAAAAAAAAACGAGAGAGAGAGACCAGCCGGUAUAGGAGAAAGCGCCCCUAUAAGUAGGCAAUCAGAUAGGUCGGACAGCUGCCCGGGCACGGAUCCGCGCGCGGUCCGUUCAAUUCUCUCAUUCCGUCUAUGUAUUUCCGUUCGUUUGCGCGUUGGUUCCUUCCGCUCGCUUUUCUCUAUCUUUCGAGAGCUUCCGCUCUGUUCUCUCGCCGAGUGUGACCUUGAAAAAUUGUAUGACAGUGUGCGAAUCCUGACCUUGGCGAAUUUACCUUCAUCAAGAAGUUACAUAGAGAUCCGAUUUCGUCAGCUGACUCUUUACCGGCGAGUUUACGUCCUGGUAUAACGUCUGGUGAACAUACGAAUGUGUGCGUUAAUUUUAAGCAAUGAGAACACGUUUGUGUGCAGGACAAUUGAGGAGAAGUGAGUGCGUAGACUAUCGACUUUACUAAGGAGAGAGAUGAAUAUCUGCAUAUUGAAUUUCGACGGGAUUCGACAGCCAUGAGAAAACGAAGAAACGAUUGAUGUAUCACGAGCGCUUUGUAGUGUAAAAGAAUGGAAGAAGCAUCCUCGAGAAUUCGUCCUUAUUUGGACUGGGACAACGAAGACAAAUACUCCGUGGCGAAUAGCCAGGCGCCUCUUCAGGGCGGAGAUGAUCAUCCGGAGCGCGGAACGUGGACGGGAAGAUUCGAUUUUCUGUUAUCUCUUCUGGGAUACAGCGUGGGUCUCGGAAAUGUCUGGAGAUUUCCGUAUCUUUGCUACUCAAACGGCGGCGGCGCCUUUCUGAUACCGUUCACCGUGAUGCUCGUUAUCGCCGGAUUGCCGCUCAUGUUCAUGGAACUCUCCUUAGGACAAUACGCCAGUCUCGGACCGGUUGCGGCUUACAAGCAGUUUUGCCCGUUGCUUCGCGGCCUGGGAUACGGAAUGGUUCUCAUCAGCUCCGUCGUCAUGCUCUAUUACAAUUUGAUUAUCGCCUGGACGCUGUAUUACAUGUUCGCCUCGGUUUUUGGUGGUUGGGAGUUGCCCUGGGGCAAAUGCGAGAAAGAGUGGAGCACCGAGGAUUGCUUCAUGCCAGACGCUGCCGAGGCCUGCGCCUCUCAGAACGCCACUUACUUUAAAAAACGAUGUCUCAAUUCGACCCAAAUGACCGCGAUGGGAUUGGUUAUCGAUAACAUAACCAGUGCCAUCAGAAAACCGCCAGCCGAGGAGUAUUUCAACAAUCACGUUUUGGGGAUCAGUAGCGGGAUCGAGGAAACCGGAUCGAUUCGGCCGUCAAUGGCGGCUUGUCUGUUUCUGGCGUGGAUCAUCGUGUUCCUAUGUCUGAGCAAAGGCGUUCAAAGCUCGGGCAAAGUCGUGUAUUUCACCGCGCUUUUUCCUUACGUCGUACUGAUCGCUCUGUUUAUUCGGGGGAUUUUGCUUCCCGGCGCCGACGAGGGAGUGCUAUUCUACUUGACCCCCGACUGGAAAAGACUGAUGUCCGCCAAGGUGUGGGGAGACGCAGCCGUGCAGAUCUUCUUCGCUCUGAGUCCAGCCUGGGGCGGUCUGAUCACGUUGAGCUCGUACAACAAGUUCACCAACAACUGCUACAAGGAUUCUCUGAUCGUGGCGAUCAGUAACAUCGGCACUUCGUUCUUCGCCGGCCUGGUGAUCUUCUCGAUGAUCGGUUUUCUCGCUCACGAGCUCGACGUGCCCGUCGCUUCGGUGGUGGACGAAGGCGCCGGUCUGGCGUUCAUCGUUUACCCGGAGGUUGUGGCCCGUCUGCCAAUCGCGCCGAUCUGGUCGCUUCUGUUCUUCAUCAUGUUGCUGACAUUGGGACUCGAUUCGCAGUUCGCUCUCAUGGAGACCGUCACAACCGCGAUACUCGACGGGCUGCCCACGCUCAGGAACUACAAGAUCUGGGUGGUUCUGGGAGCUGCGGUGAUCGGUUACGCCGGUGGCGUUGUUUUCACCACCAAUGCCGGUAUGUACUGGCUACAGCUGAUGGACAAGUACGCGGCGAACUGGUCCGUUUUGUUGAUCGCCAUAAGCGAGUGUAUUCUCGUAGCGUGGAUAUACGGCGCGGAUCGCUUUCUGAACGACGUCGAGCAGAUGAUCGGGCCUCGCGGUCGUCUGUGGAGAUUCUUCUGGACGUGGAUGUGGAAGGUCGUAACUCCGGCCGCGCUCUUCUUCAUUCUCUGCUUCAAUUGGGUAAAGUACGAGCCGAUCAAGUACGGAGUUUACGUUUAUCCGAAGUGGGCGGACGUGUUGGGUUGGGUCAUCAGUAUGUUUCCCGUCUUGGUGAUUGUCGGAUUAGCUGUUGAUCAACUGAAGAAACAACGUCGACGAUCGGAUUAUGACGAUGAUUACGAGGACGACGAUUACGAGGACGACGAUGCCGACAGCAGCGGCUCUUGCCGACAAACCGAACGGAGAAAGAGCAAGCGCAAGAACAAAAGUUUGUGGGAACGCGUAAAAUUAUUGUUGCAACCGACGUCGGACUGGGGCCCGGCGUCCCAAAACUCAUCCUCCAGAACGCCGAAUCGCACGCCCUCGUCAGGACCUGGUGCAUAUGAUACGGUGCGUGAUAUGAUCGUUUUAGUUAACGGUGAACCGAUAAUACAACCGCCCAGCGCUGUUGCUAUUAGCCACAAACUUCCCGGACCGUCGAUUCUCAAGAAUUCUAGUAAAACCGAUCUGAUCACGUCGCAACAAGUGUGACACGACGUGCGUCUUCAAUUCAACGACGACAAUUUUUCUUAGACAACCCGCGCUAAAGAUAUCUAAAAAGAAAGAGAGAGAAAGAGAGAAAGAGAGAAAGAGAGAGGGAGAGAGAAAGAGAGAAAGGGAGAAAGCAUAUCCGAUACACACAAACUUGUCACAAAUAGAAAAAAGGAUUUCUUAUUAAAAUAUUGUCGGUAGUUGCAAUCUUUACCUGCGAUUGCCGAAUCACAUGUUACAAGAUUUAUAUACAGAGCGUUCCAAGACGAUGUCAAAAUGUAAUGAGGCUGUAAUGAGUUUUUCGCCUUCACACGCGGUUCAAGCGCGACCUAAAGGCGCAAAACAUGCGCGCGUAUGCGCCAAGUACAUUCUAGUAUUAUUUAUUAAAGAAAUUUAUAAGAAAGUCUUCAAAUAGAAGAAGUUCGUAACUUGUUUCACACUCCGAAGUGUGUUGCUCAUAUCCGUUAAAUGUGAUCGUUUUGUAAUUAUGAUUGCUGAGGAAACGAAGAAACCACACACGGGUUACAACAGCGUAACAAAUCUUCGUUCAGUUUCUCUGGAUGAUUUGUUAAAGUAACAAUAUUUUUAUUACCACACAUAUAACUCAUAUUCUUUUACAAGUUGGAUGAUUUAGCGUCGAUAUAAAAAAAAUAUUAUAAUUGUUGAAAUAUAAGAUUCCUAUAUGAGAUUAUUUUCCCACGCUCUACGAAAGGUAUGACAAAAUUUGUGAAGAAGCGAAUACAAGUAGUACCUGUUGUUAUCUAUCUUCCAAAAAACAUAGAAGCUUCGAUAGAUGUCUCGUGGACAAUUUUCAAUAUCAAUUAAUUUUAACAAAAGAGACUCUAGGAAAGAAUAGAUUGUAGAUAUCUAUUUUAAAACGUGUGUGCAAGAGAAAAACACUUAAUGAGAAGAAAAGACAGAAGGGGAAUGUAACGUGUAAGUGUUCGUAUUGUGUAACUUAUAAAAAAAAUUUGUAAGAAAAAAUUAUAUAUAUAUAUAUAUAUGUGUGUGUACAAGGUUAAAAAGAGUUAUCAGACGAAAGUUACUCAGUUUGAGAGACUGAUAUUGAGAGAAUUGACCGACAUGUUAAAAAUUAUCCCAAGUGUUACCGCGUGAAGAUCGAACUUAUCCCUCUUUGUGCAUAUGUGUGUAUAUGCGCGUGUAUUUUUAAGUCUAGAUGUUAAAACAAAAAAAAAAACAAAAAAAAACAAAAACAACCAAUUAACAGCUUUCGAUGUCAUUGAAGAAGCUCAAAGUGACCGAAGCCCAAAACAAGUUUCUGAACGGAAAGUGGUCCAGCAGCGCCAAGUAAUUGCUACAAAAAAUGUUCAUAUCUUUACGUUAAUUCUUCGUGUUGUUCUGUAUAUCUCCGAUAAAAUGGAUGAAUGGAAUCUCUGUUUUUAAUAUCGGGAAUAUAUAUAUAUAUAUAUAUAUACAUAUCGCCUUGACCCCCUAAUGGCCGUUCAUCAAGAAUAUACGUUUUCUGCCAUCAAUCAAUCUGCCGUCAAAAGUGUGUUCGACAGACGUGUUCGGUUUCUGAUGCCAGCAAAUUCGUCGUCAGACUCGCGUUUACAGAGUUUGUUACAGAGCUUUGCUCUUUCCAAUUGCACGGUAUUGAAGAAAUCGCGGUACGGAUUCUGUAACAAAUCCGUGACCUUUUCGACGACGAAAAUCUGUGUUGUCACGGGCAAAAAAUCUGUUUUCCAGCCGGCUUAUAUCGCCUUUUAAGUGAGAUAAUUGACUGUUUUUAACAAGUAAGGGAUGACAUAUGUAAAUAGUAAGCGAUAAUAAUAAUUGAGAUUGAACCGCUUACUCAUCACGAAAACAAAAAUGUUAAUUAUUUUGUUUCCUACAUAUCUAUUUUAUACGUCAUACA